AUGAUACCUGAGAUGGAUUUGCUGUCUUACCCCCUGCUGGGGCUACUGCUGCUGAUCUUGCUGGGAGCUGCCCUGUUGGCGGCCGCCCUGUCUUACCGGCAGCAUGCUCCAGCAAGGAACAAGAUACCCAGGGCACAGAGGCGUAGGGAGGUGGCACUGCAGCAGAUGGCAGCCCUGGCACAGCGUCUCCGGCAGCAGGAACCAGGCCUGGACCCCAAGCCCAUCCUGGAGCUGUCCCUGGUGCAGCUGGCCCAGAAGUUGCAGGCAGACGAGCUGAGUCUGGAGAGUGUUCUCUGUAGCUACUUAGAAGAGGCGCUGAAGGUGCACCAGGAUGUGAACUGCCUGACAGAUUUCCUGGGGGAAUGUGAGGAGCAACUGAAGGCAUUGAAGAAGCUCAAGAAGAGUGAGAGGGGCCUUCUGUAUGGGGUCCCCAUGAGUCUCAAGGACGUUUAUGACUGCAAGGGUCAUGACUCUACGUGUGGCUUGGCGCAGUUCCUGGAGAAGCCAGCGGCCAAGGACGGGGUUGCUGUGAAAGUGCUGAAGGCCCAGGGAGCUAUUCCCUUUGCUAAGACCAACAUCCCCCAGACACUGCUCAGCUUUGACUGCAGCAACCCCAUCUAUGGACAGACUCUGAACCCUUUGAACUUAAAGAAGACCCCUGGAGGGUCCUCGGGAGGUGAAGCAGCUCUGCUAAGCAAACGGGGUUCCAUCCUGGGCAUGGGUACUGACACAGGGGGCAGCAUCCGCCUCCCAUCCAGCUUUUGUGGUGUCUAUGGCCUCCGGACCACAGGAAACCGCAUCAGCUACAACGGAAUUGCCUCUGCUAUGAAGGGCAAGAAAUCAGUGAGCACAGUGGCUGGCCCCUUGGCCCGGGAUGUGGACAGCCUGGCGUUGUGCCUGCGAGCCCUGAUGAAUGAAGACAUGCACCGGCUGGACCCCACUGUGCCUCCCAUGCCCUUCAGGGAGGAGGUCUACUCCAGUACCCGGCCCCUUCGAAUUGGCUACUGUGAAUCAGAUGGCUACACUCAACCAACUCCUAGCAUGGCCAGGGCCAUGAGGCUUACAUCCGGGCUGCUCCAGGAUGCAGGACACGAGAUCAUCUCCUUUUCCAUCCCCCGGAUAGAAUACGCCAUAAACCAACUGUACAAAGGGGGUCUCUUUGCCGAUGGAGGGGCCACCCUUCUCGAGAAGCUGUACGUUCCUUGGGACUCAAGCGUGGGGCAUGGUGGAAAUGGGGAAUACCAGCAAGAGUUCAUAGCCAAGUGGAGGUCCCUGGACCUGGAUGUGCUGCUGGUGCCAGCUCUGGAUCCUGCCUUGUACAUAGGCUAUCCUGAAAAAGCCCCAGAAAGCAUCUCUUACACCACCCUAUACAACGUGCUGGACUUCCCUGUUGGCGUGGUGCCCGUCACCACCGUGACACCACAGGACGAGGAGGAGCUGGCCUUCUACAAGGGAUACUAUGGAGAUAGUAGUGACAAAAAUUUCAAGGAGGCGGUGAGAGGAUCCGUUGGACUUCCAGUGGCUGUGCAGUGCAUCGGUUUGCCAUGGGAAGAGGAGCUGUGUCUUCGGUUAAUGAAGGAGGUGGAGACCUUGACCAAGAACCAGAGAGAGCCCGAGUGA